UGCAGUGCACAGGCAGUGUCAGCAGGAGUGUGUCUGCUGCUCCUCUCUUCCUAAUACCAUCUGGGAAGCCAGCUUCAAGUUCAGGGAACAUCCACUGCAUCUAGGAUUCGAAAAAAGAAAUUAAAUUACUCCUGCCAAUGAACACUGCCUGAUCUUGCCCCAGGAAUCAAAAAUGGGUACAGGGGAUUAUAUCUGCAUCACCAUGACUGGAGGAUCCCCUUGGGGGUUUAGACUUCAAGGGGGCAAGGAAGAAAAGCAGCCUCUGCAGAUUGCCAAGAUUCGUAAUAAGAGCAAAGCAUCCAAGGCUGGGCUGUGUGAAGGGGAUGAGGUGAUAUCUAUCAAUGGCAAUCCCUGCGCUGACUUGACCUAUGCUGAAGUUAUCACCCUGAUGGAAGGCCUGGCUGAUACUCUACAGAUGCUUAUCAAGAGGUCUUCCAGUGGGGUGAACGAGACCUUGAGUCCCGAAACAGAAAAUGGAAACUGUGGAGAUAUUAAAAAUGAAGAAUAUAAAGAAAGCACCACCCUGCAAAUCAGAACAGCAGUGGCGAGGCCCCACCGAGAGUUACAGAUCACAGGGGGGCUCACCGAGGAAGCACUCCAAAAAGAUGUGGAGCGAAGUGAUGUGGAUUUUUCUGGGACAAAGCAAGAAGGAGAGCUGAGCCACUGUCACAAAAUCCCUCCCAAAGUGAUAGAAGCCCCUAAAGCACACUUCAUUGAUGUGCCUGCUUUCAGUGGGGGGACUGGAGAAACAGCAGGCCCUACAGUUGAGCUGCAGUUGUCCCUCUCAUAUGACCAGCACAAAGGCAUCUGUACUCCGGGUCUGAGCGUCCUGGGGGCUGAACAGGGUAAGCCUUCCGAAACAGGACCCGGCCUGCUGCAAGAUGGAACUAGCUGGGUGACUGCAGCUCCUGGUGCUGAGAAAGACCCUGCUAUCCAAUGGUCGAGCAGGACAUUUAAGAUUGCUAGCAGCAAGGAGGUCAAAGCCACCCAUGGAGUUGAGACAAAGGAGCCCUCCCUCACCAAGGUGGAAGUGAUCCUAGACUGCUCCGACCGGGUGAAGGAAGCAUCCAGGUCUCUGACUGAAAAGGGGUGUGUGGAUUCUCAAGGGGAAGGAGGGCAGUCAGAAGCACCUCCUUCCGUAGUCUCCUUUGGAAUCUCAUCAGAAGGCACAGAGCAGGGAGAAGACGACCAGCACUCCGAAAGGGAACAUAGCAGACCUCACAAACACCGGGCAAGGCACGCCAGGCUCAGACGGAGUGAGAGCCAGUCAGAGAAGCAAGUGAAAGAAGCCAAGUCUAAAUGUAAGAGCAUUGCCCUACUGCUGACGGCAGCUCCAAAUCCCAAUUCCAAGGGGGUGUUGAUGUUCAAGAAGCGUCGCCAAAGGGCCAGGAAAUAUACUUUAGUCAGCUACGGCACUGGGGAGCUAGAGCGUUACGAGGACGAAGAAGACGAGGGCGAAGAAGGUGACAAAGAGAACGCAUUUGAAGUAACCUUACUGGGCACGAGCGAGUCGGAAAUCGAUGAAGAUUUCUUCUCUGACCUUGAUAAAGAAGACCGGAUUGUGACAUUUGACUGGGACACUGGGAUACUCGAAGUUGAAAAGAAACCAAAAAGUGGGGACGAGAUGUCUCAGCUGCUUCCAGAGAGCAAGGGGAAGGGGGCACUCAUGUUUGCCAAACGACGUCAAAGAGUGGACCAGGUCACUGCUGAACAAGAGGCAAUGAAGAUGCAGGCAGUGCACAGGAGUUCUGAGGAGCACCGGGAGGCCGCUUCAAUGGAAAGCACCACCAAAAAAAUUAGUUCCUCCUCCUAUCAGGCAAAACACGAAGAAGCAUCCAGAGUUCAGCAGAGCCAUAUAAGUAAAAGCUACAUAGAAGUGAGCCACAGACAUGGCACAGCAGUUCAGCAAAAUGGCAUUGGAAUCGCUCCUGAGACAAAUAUGAUGUAUCCAUCUUCCGAAGCCCUAAAAUCACCUGCUUCAAACAGAACAGCCAAGCCUUUCCCUGGUGUUCAGAACAGAGCAGCAGCCCCAUUUUCACCCACCAGAAGCAUGACAAGCCCCCUCUCAGAUCUGCCUGUGCCACCUCCUUACACCUCAGUCAGCCCGCCACCUGAAGCCUUGUAUAGAACUGUUUUGACUCCGGUUGCGACCAGCACGACUCAGUCGCCUCUAUGGUCUCCAACAGAAUCGACAGAGCAGAUUGCUUCCAGGGAUGAAAGGAUUGCGGUGCCUGCCAAAAGAACUGGAAUACUGCAAGAGGCAAAGAGAAGAAGCACUGCAAAGCCAAUGUUUACUUUCAAGGAAGCCCCCAAGGUGAGUCCUAAUCCUGCUCUUUUGUCCCUUGUGCAGAAUACGGAAGGCAAGAAAGGUGCUGCCACUGGCUUUGAAUCAGGCCCUGAAGAAGACUACCUCAGCUUGGGAGCGGAGGCCUGCAAUUUCAUGCAAAUCCAAGCAGCCAAACAAAAGGUCCCACCUCCAGUUGCUCCAAAACCAUCACUAAAGGUUUCUCCUACUGCCACAACACCAGUUUCACCAGUCUGGUCACCGCCAGCCAUAGCUGUUGCCCACUCUCCCAUCUUUCCAGCUCCAAAUUCACCUGAAGUGGCCACUCCGGCAGUUAUCAAAAUAUCACAACCUGCUUAUCCCCCUCCUCAGCCCCCCAGUACUCUUAACCUAGCUGGUCCCUUUAAAGGGCCUCAAAAACCAUCACCACACCAAAAUUAUACACCCAAGCCAACACCCACCACACCGCUAGGAAAUGCUGUGCUUGCUGGAGGAGUGGGGCCAGCUUUUGAGAUGCCCCCUGCUUUGAGUGGGAAGGGAGCCCAACUCUUUGCCAAAAGGCAAUCCCGAAUGGAAAAGUAUGUGGUAGACUCAGAAACUGUGCAGGCCAACCUGGCACGGGCUUCAUCACCAACUCCAUCUUUACCAGCUUCUUGGAAAUAUUCGUCAAAUGUUCGAGCACCACCACCUGUGGCUUAUAAUCCCAUCCACUCCCCAUCUUACCCUCUGGCUGCCACCAAACCACAGCCAAAGUCCUCUGGAGUUGCCAAAACCACCAAGAAAAAGCCUAAAAAAGCACUUAGUUCCUUGGAAGUUAUGAAGCAUCAACCAUACCAGCUUAAUGCAUCCCUAUUCACAUUUCAACCUCCCUCUGAUAAGGAACACCUACUUCCUAAGCAACCUGCAAAGAUUGACUCACUGUCUGCCUCAAAACAAGCUCUACCUUCAAGAUCACUGAAUGCUGGUUCUCCUUCUAAUGUCCGAGCAUCUUCAGUGUACUCUGUACCAGCCUACAGUUCACAACCCUUCUUCCCGUCGAAUGCCUCUAGCCCUGUAAUUGAGUCCUGUGCAUCAACAGGUUACCCUAUCUUUUUGAAGCAAGAACCAGCAUCCUCCUCUACGUUUACUACUCCCAAGCCAAAGUUCUCAGCCAAAAAAGUUGGUGUCACAGCACAGGAAAGAGGCUAUGAACAAUCUUUAUCAGUCCCUGGAUGGGUUUCUUCGCGAUCCAUGUCACCGAUUUCUCCUGUGAUGUUCCAAGCUGCUCCUGAUUAUUUUAGCAAACCAUCUUCAGUGGUUGACAAGCCUGGGAAGAGGUUGACGCCUUGGGAAGCAGCAGCAAAGUCCCCUCUAGGACUUGUGGAUGAUGCCUUUGGGCCCCAAACCAUGGAAGAGUCAAUUGUAGCAAAUGUGGUGUCAGCUGCUCGCAGGAAAACAUUACCUGCACCACCAGAUGACUGGAAACAAAAAGUGGCCUACGAGCAUCCAGCCCCAAGCGCCCAUGCUAAAUUAGCAUCAUUUGGAAGGAGCCAUUCGGCCGCCAUAUUCCCUGCAAAGAGCACAAUGUCUGCUCCUAGCUCCAGUGUCCAUUGCGGCUCUCGCCUGCAGCAUGCAUACUAUGGCCAACGUGCCCGAACUGAUCCUGACAUGGUCUCCAUGGAUUCCAGGUCUGAUUACUGCUUGUCAAUAGCUGACUCCAAUUAUAAUCCACAUCCAAAGGGAUGGAGACGCCAAACAUGAAAAGCAGAAGACAUUAUCUCAGUUUCCCUUCUUGCAAUACUACAAGUCUUAGAUUCUAGGCUUAAUUAAACAUGGGGCGAAGUCUCCUGUGUGGAUAGAUGUUUUCUGGCCUGACUAUACCUCGACUAAAGAGGUCAAGAGUUAUCUAA